AAACAUGGUGUUGUCCAUGACAGGUUGACAAUGCAUGUUAUUGUUAACAGUGAAUGUAUGGUAUGUGAUGGAGUAAUAGAUUGUUGAUAGAGUAAAAAGGGGGAAAAAAAGGAAAAGGUUGUGAUAUAAAUGCGAAAGAGGUGGGAUUAUUGGGAGAAGUAGAAGAGUGAAUGAAGUUCAGAAGUGAACACAGGAGCAGUAAGAAGAUGAAGAACAGAAACAAAGCAUUUGAUUUUGGUGUGGAAGGCCCACCCCCACGCGUCACUCCAGCCACCAUGCUAGUAAUAAUAAGGAUGGAGUAUGAAAUGGUCAGGAAUAAGAGUGGAGCUAGCUAGCUGUGUGCGGGAAUUUGUGAACCGUAGGAACGUUCCCUGCGCCGUGAGCUUCAAUCUGAACCGAACAGAUCCAAGUUCUGUAACCGACUUAGUUGAAGAACGUAAGAAAGAUCGUGGAGGGUAGAAAGCCAUAGUUGGGCAAGUCCAAGUUAUACUGUUAGACGAACACUACUAUCCAAGUAAGGGAAGCUUAGUAAUUUAAUUUAUACUUGUAUGUUGUAUGUAAACAUGAUAUGAACUGAAUGUAUGAGAUGUAUGCUGGUUGAGUAUGCAUGCUUGAACGUUGUUGUACUGAAUGAAUAUGAUAUGUGUUGGUUGAAAUGUAUGAUAUGGGUGAUACGUGUGAAUAUGAAAUAUACAUGCUUAGAAGCGAGUGAAUGUAAGUCAAACUUGAAUAUCAACUUCCUUAUGAUAACGUAUGUCUGACAUCAAACGGUUCUCGACCGUUUGGUGUUCUAGUAAACUUCUUUGAAUUGGAAUACUUUCAUUUGGGAAGGAUUCUGGUCGAGCAUGAGCUAUGUAGGUCUUUUACUUAGAGCUCAUAAGGAGCAGUGUCGACCAACAGUGUCGAACCCCCUUGUAAUACAAAUCAUUCAUCUGUGUCGACCAACAGUGUCGAACCCCCUUGUAAUACAAAUCAUUCAUCUGUGUCGACCAACAGUGUCGAACCCCCUUGUAAUACAAAUCAUUCAUCUGUGUCGACCAACAGUGUCGAACCCUCUUGUAAUACAAAUCAUUCAUCUGUGUCGACCAACAGUGUCGAACCCCCUUGUAAUACAAAUCAUUCAUCUGUGUCGACCAACAGUGUCGAACCCCCUUGUAAUACAAAUCAUUCAUAUGUGUCGACCAACAGUGUCGAACCCCCUUGUAAUUCAGAUCAUUCAUCUGUGUCGACCAACAGUGUCGAACCCCCUUGUAAUACAGAUCAUUCAUCUGUGUCGACCAACAGUGUCGAAUCCCCUUGUAAUUCAGAUCAUUCAUCUGUGUCGACCGACAGUGUCGAGCACCGUGUUAAUACAGGUCGUUCAUCUAUCUGGUAGUCGGUAUUACUUUAUUUUGGAACGGGGUAAAUUCUUCAGUCUUGUUCCUCACGGUUGUCCUCGUUAUAAAGAGGGCUGAAAGUUCAAUAUUAUGUACUUGGACUGAAAGACAAAAAUGAAACUAAAAGUGAAAGAUUUUGAAUGAUGAACAUUAUAUGAGAUGAAUAAACGUUUAUGAAUUUUGUACGAGCGUUCCAGGGAGGAACGACUCACAUAUGUUGAAUGUGGAAUUUGGUAAAGUAUGACUGUGGGCAUGCUAAUGCUGGCUUGGUCCAUCCUGAUAUUCCGUGACACUCGUCUUCACGUAGAGGAGAGUAGUUCAUGUGUGGGAAUGGCAGGAGGUCCUUAGUCCAUAAGUUAACAUGGGCGACGUAAGAAACGGACUAACCUCGAGUGGCAGCUGUCGAGUAUAAUACAGUUACUACAUCACUCGGGUGCAAGGACGCCUGUAGCUACACAGAUUCAUACAGUCCGGACGGUCCGUCUAGAAAUAGUUGUUGGAUAUGUAUUUAUUUAUUUAUGUUGAAUCAUUCUGGUAUGUUUGACUUGAUUGAAUUGAUACUUUAAUGUAUGAAUUAAAUUACAUGAGCUUACCCUGUGUUCUCUUCUUUGUGUUGUCGAUUGUCUUUGUACGUCCGUCUUGUCCUUGCGAUGAUCAUCCAUGUGGAUGGGAGCAGAUGGAAGUGAGCUGCUGGAAGAGGCGCUGGCCGAGGAAAUUUCGGAAGAUGUCGAUCCGGUUGAAGUAGGGGUUAAGGUCAAGCCCUAGAGUGCUCGACAUGUGGUAGCCUUUAGUAUUUUGUUUAGUCUUAGAAUUUGGAAUAUCGCUGGCUACACUACAUUUUUAAGCCGUUCGACGAUUUGAACCUCGUAUCUUUUUGUAAAGACUGCACUGUUUUAAUGAUUAAUGUAAUUAAUUCUGAUUAUGGUUAUCACUAUAUUUUGGGAUGUUACAUUAGUGGUAUCAGAGCAGUUUUGUUCUUUUGAAGGACACUGUAGGAUUAUGAGUGCACUACGUUUUGCUGUGUGCUUAAUAUGUGUUUGAAUGGGUUAAUUCCCAACUCUUUGAACACUACUAAUGUUCGUUUUCUCUGUGUCCAUAGAAUACAUGGCACCUAGACUUCCUCCGCCACCUCAACCCAAUGAACCGGAUACGUCCAACAGCGCUAGGUUGUUGGAGACGGUGAUCGACAGACUUCAACAGCAAAAUACCACCCUUAUGGAGCAGAACGCUACACUGAUGCAGCAAAAUCAGGCAGCUAUGCAGAGUCUGGAAGCCUCUCGAUCCAACUCUGAGGCGACGCAGCGGCAGUUAAUGGAGAUAUUGGUUACAACUAGGGGCGCGGCAGGAGCGUCCUCUUCCAACGCUGCCCCGCCUACUGCUGAAUGGAGUUUGGAGAGCUUUCUUCAACAUCAUCCCUCCAAGUUUAGUGGAAAAUGCCUUCCUGAUGAGGCAGAUCAGUGGCUGCGGGACAUGGAGAAGAUUUAUAAUGCAAAGAGGUGCCCUGACGACAACAGAUUGGCGUUUACUGAAUACCUGUUGACUGGUGAGGUCAGCCACUGGUGGGCGAGUGUGAAGGCUAUCCUGACAGACGCUCAUGCUCCCAUCACUUGGGAAGUUUUCAGGAACAAAUUUUAUGAAGAGUAUUUCCCAGACAGCGUUCGCUACGCAGAGGAAGUAGAGUUCCUUCAGUUGGUGCAAGGGGGAAAGUCUGUGUCGGAGUACACCAAUGCUUUCAAGCAGUUGUUGAGGUUCAACACUAUGGCCACUAGUGAAGAGUGGCAGUGUAGGAAGUUCGAGAAUGGGCUAAGGAGCGACCUGAAGGUGUUGAUAUCAAGUUUAUGCAUUCGGUCAUUUCCUGCCAUGGUGGAAAGAGCCAAAGUACUGGAGAAGAAUAUGGCAGAGGUGGAACGACAAAAGAAACAGCAACAGGUGGUUAGAGGACCGGUCGUGUCCAGGGGUACUGCUAAUACGAGAAAUACUCCUUACGCUCGUCCAAGUCAAUCAAAUACAAGUGGAUCACGAGCGUUGAUCACUGCCGGACCGUCUGGGCAGCCAGGCAACAUUACUUGUUUCCAGUGUGGAGGACCACACUAUCGUUCGUCCUGCCCUCAACUAGUGGGAGGUAAAUUCUGCACUCGAUGUAGAAGAAAUGGGCACUUGGAGAGUGAGUAUAACAUGGGUGGACGCGCUGUGUUGAGGCCAUCAAAUGCUGGAAGGAAUCAACCGAGAGGUGGCAGAGCACAAGCAGUGGGGCGCGUAUAUGCUAUAACUGGAGCGGAAGCAGCGAGUUCAGGUAACCUUAUAAUCGGUGAAUGCUUGCUGUAUGGGAUAUCUUGUCGUGUGCUGUUUGAUUCGGGGGCGACUCACUCCUUCAUCUCGAAGGCGUGUGUUGAGAAAUUGGAAAUAGUUGAGAGAGAUAUGCAGUUCGACCUGGUGGUGUCGACCCCAGCGGCUGAAGAGCUUAGGACAUCUACCGUAUGCAUUAGAUGUCCUAUUGUGGUUGAGGGGCGUAGUUAUAAGGUGAAUUUAAUCUGUUUGCCUUUGAAGGAUUUAGAAGUAAUUUUAGGAAUGGAUUGGUUGGCUACCAAUCUCAUUCUUAUAGAUUGUGGAGCGAAGAAAUUAAUUUUUCCUGGUGAAGAAGAGGAGAAAUUGUCAGUGACGCUCGGUCAGUUGAAGGAAGAUAUUAUGGAGGGCGCCAGCUGUUUUCUCAUCAUGACGCAUGAAGACGGAGGAGUUAGGGAUGCAAGUUUGGAACGAUCGUCCAAGGACAGGAAUAGUGGAGGACGAUUGGUUGUGGACGAAUUUCUCGACGUAUUUCCAGAAGAAAUACCUAGGCUUCCUCCUCAUCGUGAAGUUGAAUUCACCAUUGAUUUGGUGACGACCGCAGCUCCUAUCUCGGUUCAGCCUUAUCGGAUGUCGCCUGCAGAGUUAGCUGAACUCAAGGAGCAGAUUGAAGAGUUGAUGGAGAAACAGUUUAUUAGGCUGAGCGUAUCACCCUGGGGAGCGCCCGUGCUGUUAGUAAGGAAGAAGGAUGGCAGCUCUCGGUUAUGUAUAGACUACAGGCAAUUGAAUAAGCUGACCAUCAAGAACAAGUACCCGUUGCCAAGGAUAGAUGACCUGCUGGAUCAAUUGCAUGGGGCUGCUGUGUUCUCAAAAAUUGAUUUGAGAUCCGGGUAUCAUCAAAUCAGGGUUAAGGAAGAUGACAUACAGAAGACAACAUUCAGGUCUCGUUAUGGGCAUUAUGAAUAUGUGGUGAUGCCUUUUGGAGUAACGAACGCUCCAGCCGUGUUCAUGGAGUAUAUGAACCGCAUAUUCAGGCCUUAUUUGGAUAAGUUUGUGGUCGUCUUCAUAGAUGAUAUUCUCAUCUAUUCCAAGACCGAAAACGAGCAUGAAGAGCAUCUUAGACUUGUACUUGGAGUGUUGCGGGAGAAGGAAUUAUAUGCCAAGUUGUCUAAGUGUGAAUUCUGAAUGAAAGAGAUUCAGUUCUUGGGGCAUGUGGUGUCGGCUGGAGGUAUCUCGGUAGAUCCAGCGAAAGUGCGAGCGGUACUAGAAUGGGAGAGUCCGCGUUCGGUCACUGAGGUGCGUAGCUUCGUGGGACUUGCGGGCUACUACAGACGUUUUAUUGAGGGUUUUGCCAAGAUAGUAGCUCCGCUAACUCAAUUGACUCGUAAAGAUCAACCGUUCGCUUGGACUGAUAAGUGUGAAGCAAGUUUUCAGGAGUUGAAAGUGAAAUUGACGAGCGCCCCAGUGUUGGUCAUUCCCGACACAGCCAAACCAUUUGAAGUCUACUGUGAUGCCUCUCAUCAAGGUUUAGGCUGUGUGCUGAUGCAAGAGAGACGAGCAGUGGCGUACGCCUCUCGACAACUAAAAAUUCACGAGAAGAAUUACCCUACACACGACUUAGAGUUGGCAGCAGUCGUGUUUGCGCUAAAGAUUUGGAGACAUCACCUGUUCGGAGCGACCUUUCAGGUCUUCAGCGAUCACAAGAGUCUCAAGUACCUCUUCGAUCAAAAGGAGUUAAACAUGAGGCAGAGGAGGUGGCUUGAGUUUCUAAAGGAUUAUGAGUUUGAGUUACUCUACCAUCCGGGGAAGGCUAAUGUAGUGGCGGACGCCCUGAGCAGGAAAUCUGUUCACAUUUCAGUUAUGAUGGUGAGAGAACUCAAUCUAGUGGAAAGCUUUAGAGACCUAAGGUUGCAGUUCGAGUUGGAGCCGAACAGUAUUAAAUGCUGCACCUUGAGGAUAACAAGUGAUGUGUUCGACCGAAUCUGGAUGAAGCAACGUGAGGAUGAUGAGCUGGUUAAGAUUUUAAACGCGCUCGGUACGGAUCAUGCCAAACAUUUCAACACUGGAACGGACGACAUGUUACGUUACAUGGGUCGGACGUGCGUUCCUAAUGAUGGCGAGCUGAAGAGGAUUAUCUUGGAGGAAGGACAUCAUAGUCGUCUUAGCAUACACCCUGGUAUGACUAAGAUGUAUCAAGACCUUCGACGUUCGUUCUGGUGGCCAGGAAUGAAGAGUGAUGUCGCACGUUUUGUGGCAUCAUGUUUAACUUGUCAACGUGCCAAAGCUGAGUAUCAAAGACCGGGCGGCCUAUUACAACCUUUAGAGAUUCCUGAAUGGAAAUGGGACAGCAUAUCCAUGGAUUUCGUGACCCACCUACCACGUACGAUCAGAAAUCAUGACUCAAUUUGGGUGAUCGUGGAUUGAUUGACGAAGAGCGCUCAUUUUCUGGCAGUAAAUUUAAAGAUGUCGAUGACCAAUCUGGCCAAGCUCUACAUCCAGGAAAUUGUUCGUCUGCAUGGAGUACCGUCGAGCAUAAUUUCUGACCGAGACACGAGGUUCACAUCUCGGUUUUGGCAAUCCUUACAAGGAGAGUUGGGAAGCAAAUUGCAGAUGAGUUCGGCUUAUCACCCUCAGACGGACGGCCAAUCUGAGAGGACGAUCCAGAUGCUGGAAGAUUUACUGAGGACGUGCGUCCUAGAUCACUUAGGCGCCUGGGAUGAGGUCCUGCCGCUAGUGGAGUUCACGUAUAACAACAGUUUCCAGGCGAGCAUUGGAAUGGCACCAUUUGAAGCACUUUAUGGGAGGAAGUGCCGAACGCCACUUUGUUGGUUCAAGGAAGGAGAGAACGUGCUAACUGGACCUGAACUUAUCCAACAAACGACCGAGAAAGUGAAGUUAAUCCAGGAGAGGUUGAAGAUGUCGAGGAGCAGGCAGAAGUCCUAUGCCGACAAGAGAAGAAGACCGUUAGAAUUUCAAGCUGGCGAUCACGUAUUCCUUAGACUGCAUCCAACCACAGGAGUCGGCAGAGCUAUGCGACCAAAGAAAUUAUCCCCGAAGUUCGUCGGACCCUAUCAAAUACUGAGGAAGAUUGGCCCAGUAGCGUACGAACUAGCAUUGCCUCCUCAACUGUCGAACCUUCACCCAGUAUUCCACGUUUCCCAACUUCGGAAAUACAUAGCUAACCCCUCCCACGUACUAGAGUUGGAAGACAUUCAACUUCAUCCAGACCGAACACUUGAGUUGCAACCAGUCCGUGUAGAAGACAUCCGCACCAAGCUAUACAAAGGAAAGGACGUUCGUCUAGUUAAAGUGGUGUGGGAUGCGAAGACGGGCGAUUCAACAUGGGAAGUGGAGGAUGCUAUGAGAGAUUUGUAUCCCCACUUAUUUAUGGGUAAGUUUCUAAUUUUCGAGGACGAAAAUUUUUGUAGUUAGGGAGAAUGUGAGACCCUAGAAAAUCGGUACUGCAAAUCCUUGUCGCGUCACCAUUAAUACACGCCACAUCACUGCUCAGUAAAUUAAAAACGCACUUUGCACUGCAUGCACUAGUGCCAUGUGUCGCGUAGAAGCUUAGGAAGUGAGAAGUGGGAGUGCAGGUGUCGGCUGAGGAAAUGUUCGUCUGUUUGACGUGGAUUGAACAAAAUUGAGUUUUUGAAAAUCUCUCCCACUCACCUGCACGCAUUCUUCUUCUUCCCUAGAACUCAACUCUUCAUUUUCUUCACCUUCUCUCUAGAAAGCUUCCUCCUUCUCUCUACUGUAACUCACCACCUUUUUCCUCCGAUCAAAUUUCAGAACCGUAGGAACGUUCCCUGCGCCGUGAGCUUCAAUCUGAACCGAACAGAUCCAAGUUCUGUAACCGGUAAGUCGCUCGACUCUGGACGCUUAUUUCUGUAUUACAUGCAAACUAAGAUUCAGUCGCAUGCAAGGGUAUAAACUGAGUUCUCUGAGUUUUUCUUUUGGUUAGACUUAGUUGAAGAACGUAAGAAAGAUCGUGGAGGGUAGAAAGCCAUAGUUGGGCAAGUCCAAGUUAUACUGUUAGACGAACACUACUAUCCAAGUAAGGGAAGCUUAGUAAUUUAAUUUAUACUUGUAUGUUGUAUGUAAACAUGAUAUGAACUGAAUGUAUGAGAUGUAUGCUGGUUGAGUAUGCAUGCUUGAACGUUGCUGUACUGAAUGAAUAUGAUAUGUGUUGGUUGAAAUGUAUGAUAUGGGUGAUACGUGUGAAUAUGAAAUAUACAUGCUUAGAAGCGAGUGAAUGUAAGUGAAACUUGAAUAUCAACUUCCUUAUGAUAACGUAUGUCCGACAUCAAACGGUUCUCGACCGUUUGGUGUUCUAGUAAACUUCUUUGAAUUGGAAUACUUUCAUUUGGGAAGGAUUCUGGUCGAGCAUGAGCUAUGUAGGUCUUUUACUUAGAGCUCAUAAGGAGCAGUGUCGACCAACAGUGUCGAACCCCCUUGUAAUACAAAUCAUUCAUCUGUGUCGACCAACAGUGUCGAAACCCCUUGUAAUACAAAUCAUUCAUCUGUGUCGACCAACAGUGUCGAACCCCCUUGUAAUACAAAUCAUUCAUCUGUGUCGACCAACAGUGUCGAACCCCCUUGUAAUACAAAUCAUUCAUCUGUGUCGACCAACAGUGUCGAACCCCCUUGUAAUACAAAUCAUUCAUCUGUGUCGACCAACAGUGUCGAACCCCCUUGUAAUACAAAUCAUUCAUCUGUGUCGACCAACAGUGUCGAACCCCCUUGUAAUACAAAUCAUUCAUCUGUGUCGACCAACAGUGUCGAACCCCCUUGUAAUUCAGAUCAUUCAUCUGUGUCGACCAACAGUGUCGAACCCCCUUGUAAUACAGAUCAUUCAUCUGUGUCGACCAACAGUGUCGAAUCCCCUUGUAAUUCAGAUCAUUCAUCUGUGUCGACCGACAGUGUCGAGCACCGUGUUAAUACAGGUCGUUCAUCUAUCUGAUAGUCGGUAUUACUUUAUUUUGGAACGGGGUAAAUUCUUCAGUCUCGUUCCUCACGGUUGUCCUCGUUAUAAAGAGGGCUGAAAGUUCAAUAUUAUGUACUUGGACUGAAAGACAAAAAUGAAACUAAAAGUGAAAGAUUUUGAAUGAUGAACAUUAUAUGAGAUGAAUAAACGUUUAUGAAUUUUGUACGAGCGUUCCAGGGAGGAACGACUCACAUAUGUUGAAUGUGGAAUUUGGUAAAGUAUGACUGUGGGCAUGCUAAUGCUGGCUUGGUCCAUCCUGAUAUUCCGUGACACUCGUCUUCACGUAGAGGAGAGUAGUUCAUGUGUGGGAAUGGCAGGAGGUCCUUAGUCCAUAAGUUAACAUGGGCGACGUAAGAAACGGACUAACCUCGAGUGGCAGCUGUCGAGUAUAAUACAGUUACUACAUCACUCGGGUGCAAGGACGCCUGUAGCUACACAGAUUCAUACAGUCCGGACGGUCCGUCUAGAAAUAGUUGUUGGAUAUGUAUUUAUUUAUUUAUGUUGAAUCAUUCUGGUAUGUUUGACUUGAUUGAAUUGAUACUUUAAUGUAUGAAUUAAAUUACAUGAGCUUACCCUGUGUUCUCUUCUUUGUGUUGUCGAUUGUCUUUGUACGUCCGUCUUGUCCUUGCGAUGAUCAUCCAUGUGGAUGGGAGCAGAUGGAAGUGAGCUGCUGGAAGAGGCGCUGGCCGAGGAAAUUUCGGAAGAUGUCGAUCCGGUUGAAGUAGGGGUUAAGGUCGAGCCCUAGAGUGCUCGACAUGUGGUAGCCUUUAGUAUUUUGUUUAGUCUUAGAAUUUGGAAUAUCGCUGGCUACACUACAUUUUUAAGCCGUUCGACGAUUUGAACCUCGUAUCUUUUUGUAUCUUUUUGUAUCUUUUUGUAAAGACUGCACUGCUUUAAUGAUUAAUGUAAUUAAUUCUGAUUAUGGUUAU